AUGGUCUCCGACAGUGGUUUCGUCAACACGGAGCUAUUUAUUAACUGGUUACAUCACUUCAAAGAUUUUAGCCAUCCUUCAACAGAAGAUCCCGUAUUGCUGCUCUUAGAUAACCACACUUCUCACGUUAGCUUAGAUGCCGUGAAAUUUGCUCGUGAAAACAAUAUUGUGAUGCUUACGCUGCCACCACACGGAAGUCAUAAAUUACAACCUCUUGAUAGGAGCUUUUUCAGCCCUCUUAAGGGUAAAUAUGCUAUAGAAUGUGACAAAUUUAUGUCAGAAAAUUCAGGGAGAGGCAUUGGUCAACAACAAGUGGCGCGCUUAUUUAAUGAAGCUUACAAGAAAGUGGCUACAUUAGGCAAUGCUGAAUCUGGCUUUAGAGUAUUAGGGAUAUACCCCUACGGCGAUGACUUAUUUGAUGAAAGAGUUUGCUCCAUCAUUAGUCACAGAUCAAUUGCCCCGAAAUCAUGA